GUGCUCAUGCUCGCCUCUGAUUGGCCGGCGGCUGCUCUUUGUGAGCUAUCGGUGGCGUGACGUUGCGUUAGUGUGUAGGUCGGAAAGGAGCAUUCACAUCACGUAUUCUGUUAGCUUUCUCGUUUGGAGAGGGGGGAAGGGGGGAAGAGGAAAAAGAAAGAGAGGGAGGAGGCUUUAGUGCAGCAGUGAUAGCGAUCACACUGCCUUUAAAAAAAAAAUGCGUCUGUGUGUAUGUGGUCGAGCCAUGAAUUGGAGGAAGUGAGAGAGAGAGAGAGAGAGAGAGAGUGCGGCUGGGAGGGCGAGAGCGAAAGAGCGUACGAGAGCUAAUGUAAAACAGGAUUAAGAACACAAGAUGGCUUCCUGAAUGGACAGAGACCAGAAAGAGAGAGGGAGAAGAAAAGAAAGAUAAAGAAAGACAGAGCGAGAGAGAGGUGGGGGGGACGCAGAGAGAAUGCUUUGGGUCUUCUGAUGGGGAUACCUCUCGCCACCGAAGAGCAACACGCGAAGGCAGCGAGGCUGAGUAGGUGGAACACUUUGAAGACGUAAAAACCCGGUCCAUAAUCCCAAACCUGGCUAAAGAGACUGUUUCUGUGGUGGGUUCAGUGGAUGGCCCCAGAGGAAGAGGCCAGAUGGAAAUUGGGUCCCAUGACCGCCUGGAUGAAGGCGUGUUAAACCAGGAGCUGUCUAAUGGGCUUAGCAAACAUGCAGCAAAUGAAGAAAAUAGCUGUGAUGAAGAUGUCAGAAGCGUGGCCAGGGAGCAACACCAGCACAACUACCACGAGGGUGCUGGGUGUAUUUCCCAGACACCACGCUGGGUUCCUGAGCAUGCUGGGAAGUCAAAUCCUGAAUCUCAACAGGCUGCUUGGAGUGGCCAAAAUACCAGUACACCAGUAAAUGAUGUGGAUAUGGAGGAUGCACGAACCCUGGUGGCUUUUUCUGCUUCUGUUGGCUCACUGCCACCUUUCACCAACCGUCAACUUUGUCAGACACCUACAGCUCAGCUGUACGAAAGGUUCAAUCAGGAAAUGUCUAAUGGAGGUGAGGAGGCCAGACAGAAAGGUGUGGAUGGUGAGAUGUACCCCCCUGAAGAUCUAAACACUCUUCAGGCAGCACUGAGCAAGGCCCGUCAUGGCCACAAGCCACCUAACUGUGAUUGUGAUGGCCCAGACUGCCCUGACUACCUGGAGUGGCUGGAGAAGCAAAUCAAACUGGUGGUUAACUCCCAGGAUAAAGGUUCCUGUAAGAUUUCGGGUGCUCUUCCACAGCCACAUACAGAGCAUCGUCAUGCCCAAUCCCAACCUCAGCAAUGUGGAGGUAACCCCUCAUGUGUGCAAAACACAAAUCCACAUCCCCAUGUUAACCAGCCUUCUGCUCCUAGACCCUUUGGCCCACAAGCACCUAUUCCCUGCUCCCCAAGUGUUCUGUCCAUAGCCAAGGAAAGAAAUGUUAGCUUGCAAACAGCAAUUGCAAUUGAGGCUCUAACCCAGUUAUCUGCCGCUGACCCACAAACUGCAAAUCACCAUCAGCAUCUCCCAACCUCCUACCCGCAGAGUAUGCCACAAGUGGUCUCUUCAUCACCUGGUCCUCUUUUGUCCUCCUCUGCUAUGCCACAGUCCAUCCCUCUGGUACAUUAUCAUCAAAAGGAGCUGCCAUGGGAUCAGCAGAGACCUCAGUCUCAGGGUGAGGCCCCUGAACCAAACAUUUUGUCUAGCCCAUCUAACUAUUCUUCGACAUACCCAUCCUCCAAGUCCCCAUUUGCAACCAAACUCCAACCCCAGCAGUGGAACCAGGGGACAGAUGGAAGCUGCGAGAAAAGCUCCCCACAGAACCCAUGGAUGAUGAUGAACACUGAUUCCCAGCCUCGUUUUGUUAACCCAUCCCAAGAAGGUAGAGACCCAGUGUCCGAGCUAAAACAGCUCCUCGAAAGCACCGGCACAAAGUAUACCAACUCAGCCUUCAAGUUCCCACUCCCUCACCCCAGCAUGCAGGAUGGUCACAAGAGCAGCUUUACUGUGAUGCCUCACAUCAAGCAGGAGGUGGAUGCAAAGGAGUACCUGGCCUCAGGGUGUGCAGUCGUGGGCCAAGAGGGGUUGGUAAAUGGCCAGCUGCAGUUCCAGGGUCAGCAGUUUUCCCCUUCCAUUAGGCACUCAACUCAGGCAGCACUACAGCAGCACCUUCAUCAUAAACGUAACCUCUUCUCUAAUGCCCCUGCCUUCAGUCCAUUAGCUCCCAUGGCUUGUCAGAACCUCCGUAAGUGGUGGCCACAGACUAUGCCAGAGGGUCCUGUAACCAUCAAACAGGAGCACAAAGAACCCAAAAAGAAAAAGAGUGCUCAGAGUUCUCCUCUUCUCAAGCAGUCAGGGGGUGGGCUUUUUGGUCCACUGGGCACACCUCUUCCAAAACCCAAACCGAUUGUUAUCAAGAAGCAUAAACAGAAAGCUUCCCAACCAUCUUUCCUCCCACAGAAGCAGAUUAUAGUAUCAAAACCUCCCCUCGUUUCCCCAGGAUGUGCAACAUUCUUAUCUCAAGUUGCUCCAUCUCCACUAGGCAUGGAAGCUGGGCUACCCCCCUCUCAGGUGGCUGAGAGCCACCCAGCUCCAGCUCAAUCUCAGGAAUCCAUUUUGAAUAGCAGUAGUGCACCUAUCUCUGAAAAUGCUCUUUCUUGUUUAACCCCUGUGUCAUUCCCAGCACCAUCCACCCAGAAGGUGACAGCCUGCUCAGGCCCAGCUGGGUUAAAUGAUAGCACCCCAACAACCAGUAUCACACCUCAAACCUCUACAACACAGCAGACUCCUUCUCUGGCUGGCCUCAGUAACCUAGAUCCAAAAUUCGAAGAACUUAUUCGCCAGUUUGAGGAGGAGUUUGGGGACACCAUUUCCUCAGCUUCUGCAGCAGAGACCCCAGAGAAUGACCCUGCUCAGCCAGCGGUGACCGAGUCAAAACCAAACUCAGGACAAACCAGACCCGAGUCACCAUCCCCAAAGCAGCCAAAUAACUACCCUCCUUUUCCCACAAAUGAGCCCAUGGAUGAAUGUCAAAAGGACGUUGCUGAAAGACUGAACAUAAACAUGCCAUGGCCAUCUGAGGAGCUUUGUACUAUCAAACAGGAAAGUGAGGAAUGUGAGGUAGACGUGAAACCAUCUGGGCAGCCCCUGCCUGUAGCUCAGGAUGCAUUUCUGGAGCAACAGCACCCCUUCAUCACACCUUUCUCCCCUCCGGCUAAACGUAUAAAGAUUGAGUCAUCUGGUGGGGUGAUGGUGGUCUCCACAACUGCAUGUUUGUCUGCAGACAGAGAAAGGGCAGACUUGAAUACUCCCACCAAGGAUAUCUUUCCCUCCUCCCCUUCACUUAAUGGUUUUCUUGAGUCACCAUUGCGCUACUUGGACACUCCCACCAAGAACCUGCUGGACACACCUGGGAAAGAUAACCAACCUGAGUUUCCCACCUGUGACUGCGUAGAUCAAGUCCUAGAAAAGGAUGAGGGUCCAUAUUACAAUCAUUUGGGAUCUGGGCGAGACAUGGCUUCGGUCAGACAACUGAUGGAAGAGAGGUAUGGGGAGAAGGGCGAAGCCAUUCGUAUUGAGAGGGUGGUUUACACCGGGAAAGAAGGAAAGAGCUCUCAGGGAUGUCCCAUCGCUAAGUGGGUGAUUCGUCGCAGCAGUGACAAGGAGAAAUUGUUAUGCGUCGUAAAGCAACGGCCUGGGCACCACUGUGCCAAUACUGUUAUUGUUGUUGUCAUCUUGUGCUGGGAAGGUGUGCCCCGUGCUCUGGGAGAUAAACUCUACAAAGAAAUAACAGAAACCCUCAUCAAAUACGGCAACCCCACCAGCCGUCGCUGUGGACUCAAUGACGAUCGAACCUGUGCGUGCCAAGGGAAGGACUCGGAAACCUGUGGAGCUUCCUUCUCUUUUGGCUGCUCCUGGAGCAUGUACUUCAAUGGAUGCAAGUAUGCUCGAAGCAAAACCCCUCGCAAAUUCAGACUGCAUGGAGAGCACCCCGAAGAGGAAGACAAUCUCAGGGAUAACUUCCAAAACUUGGCCACACAUGUGGCCCCUGUGUAUAAGAGACUGGCUCCCCAGGCCUACAGUAACCAGUGUUUAAAUGAGAAGAUUGCUUCAGAUUGUCGGUUGGGUUUGAAGGAAGGACGGCCGUUUUCAGGAGUCACUGCAUGCAUGGAUUUCUGUGCCCAUGCUCACAAAGACCAGCAUAACCUCCACAAUGGCUGCACAGUGGUGUGCACUCUUACGAAAGAGGACAAUCGCAGAGUGGGCACACUCCCAGAAGACGAGCAGCUGCAUGUGCUUCCGCUAUACAAGAUCUCUUCAACCGAUGAAUUCGGAAGUGAGGAGAACCAGCGUCUCAAAAUGCAGACAGGAGCCAUCCAGGUGCUCAAUAACUUCCGCCGACAGGUUAGAAAACUUCCAGAACCUGCUAAAUCCUGCCGACAGCGUCGGUUGGAGGCCAAAAAGGCUGCGUCGGAGAAGAAAAACAGGAAAUUGCAACUUGCAGAAACCCCAGAGAAGACUGUCAAGAUGGAGAUGCACCACAUGGAGUCACCCCACCCUCAGCAAGGCAAUAAAGCUAUUCCAAAACAAGAGGUGAAACCAACCAUUAAAAAAGAGCCUGUCGACCGCUUCCAGCCCUUCAAUGGAGCCAUACGUGGCUACCCAGCACUAGGAAACGACAAGACACGCUCUGAUCCCCGCAGCAUGAACAGUUCAUUCUCAUUCCCUGGUAACUAUGCAAGAGGUCACAUCCAAACCAAUGGCCAACCUCCUGCGCAGAGCCCCAUCAAUGGCUUUCACCCCAACCUCCAAGAAAUACGCUAUGGUUAUUACAACUACCCUCCCAGUGCACUUUUUCCUCCUGAGCUCUUGGGAUAUAAUAAUGGAGCCUGGCCAAAAGCUGGAGAAGCCUCUGCUGCACCAUUUGACCAGAAGCCAGAUGUUCAGAGUCUCCAAGCCAAGCUGGCACAGGCCUAUACCAGCCGCCCACAGCAACAAAUGGCUGAUGCAUCCAUUCAAGGGUUCCCACACCCUUCAGAGUUUUCCCAGUCUCCUGUUCCACCCAGUCGUACUCCAUCCCUGGAGCAGACACACCGCUCUACGCCCAUCAUCAAGCAGGAGCCCAUGGAUGUGCCACUGUAUGAUGGGAGAUUGGAUGGGCAAGCUCAAAGCUGCCCCUCCACUCCCAGUACCACACCAAAACCCGAAGGCUGGCCUGGGCACAAACCAAACGGUAGCAUUAUCCCUAAAGGCUGGGAUGGAAAUAUCAGACCAGGUCCGACCAAUUCGCCUUUCACUCCGGACAAGCAGAGGCUCCACCAGCAACAUGAACACCCUCAGUAUCUACAGCAGCAACAAUGGAAUUCCUAUUCCUGCCCUAACACUCCAAUGUCAUCCCCUUCCCCUUCUCCGUCCCCAUCCCUGAAAGCAGGUCCAUCACCUGCACCUUCUCCACACCUGUCCACCCCAAGACAGUGGGGUAGCCCUUCCCCUAGUCCCCAACCUAAAGCGUGGGGUCCUUACGGACCCAUGUGUUAUGGCACUGGUGGCAUAAGGCAAGGCAGUCCUGCUGGUGCUUUCCCCGAUAAAAUGCUCUCCCAAGCAGGUGAGAAUUGUGGCUCUGCACCUUUGGGACUCCAGGAGAAAGCCUGGAAAUCUAGUGGUGGAUUGGCAGCAGGGAACACACCAUCUCCUGCUCCUGAGGGACGCUUGUUUCCCGAUGCGCUGCAAAAGUCAGAUAAUCAGGCGUGUUGGGACAGUGAGGCAGAGACCCAGAGUGAACGUGACCCCAAGGAGGAAGAGGAGUGGUCAGACAGCGAACACAACUUCUUGGACCCCAACAUUGGCGGAGUAGCAGUUGCCCCCACUCACGGCUCAAUCCUGAUCGAAUGCGCCCGGCGGGAGCUUCAUGCCACCACGCCACUCAAAAAGCCUGACCGCUCACACCCGAGCCGCAUAUCCCUGGUCUUCUACCAGCACAAGAACCUGAACCAGCCGUGCCACGGUCUGGCUUUGUGGGAGUCCAAAAUGAAACUCCUAGCCGAGCGAGCGCAACAGCGGCAACAAGAAGCAGCUCUUUUGGGUCUCUCACAGGAAGACAUUAAGGCCUAUGGGAAAAAACGCAAGUGGGCGGCUGGAUCGGCGAGCCCAUCCACUGGACAAGCCAAGGACAAACGAGAGGGUGUAGUGACACGGAUGGCGCCCACACAGCAUACCACCACCAUGGUCACAGUUUCACCCUACCCAUCCACACACCUCACUGGUCCUUACAGUCGAUUCGUGUGAACUCUUGUAGACUGUCGCCCCCUGGAGCCAGAGAUGGGAAUAGAAAUGAUAAGCUGGCUCCUUUACCAUUUGCUUCCCCUCUUCUAGCUCCAACAGCUCU